AUGGCUACCUUUUCCGAGCAGGCCUUCUACGGAGGUGCGAUUCAGGGCAUCAUCCCCGAAGGCUGGGUAGACGGAAGCACCCUCCGCGAGAUCCCAGAUCACCAAGAACUCUUCCUCUCCCCAACCACCCUCUCCAGCUUCAUCAUCGAAGUCAACCAGCGCGUCACACAAGAGCAGGCCCUAUCAACGCUGGACCAGCAGUCCGCCAUCCGCGGCGGCAUCCCGGCCACCCACGAGACAAUCGACAAAGCAGCCGUCAUGUACCACCUCCGCGAUCUGUGCGACGAAGACGACGUCUUGCAGGUGGUCAUCCCCCCGGCAGCGGUAACCCCGGCCAAGAUCCCUGCUUCUGCGCGCGCGCAUGCGUACAAGGGCGUGGUGCAGAUGACGACACCCAAGCGGCAGCGGAGGGAUACCAAUACGGGGAGGAUUCCUGUUUCGGUCGGGGGAGCGGCGGCGGGAUCCAGUGCGGAUGGGCCGCAGACGUCGCGGGUGACGGUGCAUUAUCUGCUUGUGCGGUUGGAGGCGCAGGAGUCGGAUCUACUCGUUUUCUUUAACGUGCCGCAUGAUGAGUUUGAUCUGUCCGGGGAUCCGCGGGGUUUGUCGAAGGAGGAGGAGGUGGCUACUGAGGCUAUUGAUAAGUUGGUGCAGACUUUGGAGGUUAAGGACUGGGGCUUGUUCGCUUAG